AUGGCUACUAACGGGGACACGUUCUCGGACGACGAAUUCAGCCAGCCUGGAACGCCUCCUGGCGAUGAGCACGAAGUGGAAGACAUUGAAGAAACCAACCAACCGCCGAAAUCCGCCUUGAAAAAAAACACCACAGCCGCCAUCCCUGAGCCACAAGUCUCUCGGCCAGUGCUUCCCGAACAACCCGACCCAAAAGACCUAGAUCUGUCAACCCUCACACCUCUAACUCCCGAAAUCAUCGCGCGGCAAGCGACGAUCAACAUCGGAACGAUAGGACAUGUGGCGCACGGCAAGUCGACUGUGGUCAAAGCCAUCUCUGGGGUGCAGACAGUGCGAUUCAAGAAUGAGUUGGAGCGAAACAUUACGAUCAAGUUGGGGUAUGCCAACGCCAAAAUCUACAAGUGUGACAACCAGGCUUGUCCGCGGCCGACAUGCUACAAGAGUUACAAGAGUGAGAAGGAAGUCGACCCGCCCUGUGAGCGACCCGGCUGCGGUGGGACAUACCGGCUACUGCGACACGUUUCGUUCGUGGACUGCCCUGGACACGACAUUCUCAUGAGCACCAUGUUGUCCGGCGCGGCCGUGAUGGACGCGGCGCUUCUGCUGAUUGCCGGCAACGAAACGUGCCCGCAACCCCAGACCUCGGAGCAUUUGGCCGCGAUUGAAAUCAUGAAGCUCAACCACAUCAUCAUCUUGCAGAACAAAGUCGACCUCAUGCGGGAAGAAGGCGCAUUGUCGCACUACGAGUCGAUCCUCAAAUUCAUCAAGGGAACCGUCGCCGACGGGUCCCCCAUCAUCCCCAUCUCGGCCCAACUGAAAUACAACAUUGACGCCAUCAACGAAUACCUGGUGACCAAAAUCCCCGUGCCGGUCCGCAACUUCACCACCCCUCCCCACAUGAUUGUCAUUCGUUCAUUCGACGUCAACAAACCCGGUGCCGAGAUUGAAGAUUUGAAAGGUGGUGUUGCCGGUGGAUCUAUUCUGACGGGAGUGCUGAAACUGGGCGACGAGGUCGAGAUCCGUCCCGGUAUUAUCACAAAGGAUGAAAAGGGUCAAACCAUCUGUCGGCCCAUCUUGUCUCGCGUCGUGAGCUUGUUUGCCGAACACAACGACCUCAAGUUUGCCGUCCCCGGUGGUCUGAUCGGUGUCGGUACCCGUGUCGACCCGACCUUGUGUCGAGCAGAUCGUCUCGUGGGUCAUGUCUUGGGCCUCAAAGGCCAGCUGCCCGAAAUCUACAUUGAGCUCGAAGUUAACUACUUUUUGCUCCGACGCUUGCUGGGCGUCAAGACCGCCGACGGCAAACAGGCAAAGGUCGCCAAGCUGGCAAAGAACGAGGUUCUCAUGGUCAACAUUGGCAGUACCGCCACCGGCGCCAAAGUCAUGGGCGUCAAGGCCGACGCCGCAAAACUUACCCUCACCACUCCCGCCUGUACCGCCAUCGGUGAGAAGAUCGCCCUCAGUCGUCGGAUAGAAAAGCAUUGGCGUCUGAUCGGUUGGGCAAACAUUGUUGCCGGAAACACCAUUGAGCCCGAGGCUUCUUAG